AGCCCGACCCCUAGGCCCGCCCUAUGAACGCCGGCCUCUAGCCACUUCCUCCUCCUUCUCCGCCUCCUUCCAUCUCUUCUGCGCCUGCGCGACCGGAAAAUUCGCGAAGGUUCCUGAAGCGGAACCGGCCGUUUCCGGAAGCCGGCAGCCGCCCUAGUCGUGGAGCCGGUUCUGCUGACCUGAGGGUUGCAGAGGCACUCCUUUGCAGUUCCCGGCGUUUGGGUUUCGCCUGCAGCACUGAGAAAGGAAUAUGGCCUUGCUGUGCUACAACCGGGGCUGCGGCCAGCGCUUCGAUCCCGAGACCAAUUCCGAUGAUGCGUGUACAUACCACCCAGGUGUUCCCGUCUUUCAUGAUGCACUGAAGGGUUGGUCUUGCUGUAAGAGAAGGACAACUGAUUUUUCUGAUUUCUUAAGCAUUGUAGGCUGUACUAAAGGUAGGCAUAAUAAUGAGAAGCCACCUGAGCCAGUCAAGCCUGAAGUCAAGACUACAGAGAAGAAAGAACUGUCUGAAUUGAAACCCAGAUUUCAGGAGCACAUCAUUCAAGCCCCUAAACCAGUGGAAGCAAUAAAAAGACCAAGCCCAGAUGAACCAAUGACAAAUUUGGAAUUAAAAAUAUCUGCCUCCUUAAAACAAGCACUUGAUAAGCUUAAAUUAUCAUCAGGAAAUGAGGAAGAGAAGAAAGAAGAAGACGGCGAUGAAAUUAAGAUAGGAACCUCAUGUAAAAAUGGAGGCUGUUCAAAGACAUACCAGGGUCAACAGAGUCUGGAAGAAGUCUGUGUAUAUCAUUCUGGAGUACCUAUUUUUCAUGAAGGGAUGAAAUACUGGAGCUGCUGUAGAAGAAAAACCUCUGACUUUAAUACAUUCUUAGCCCAAGAGGGCUGCACAACAGGAAAACACAUAUGGACUAAAAAGGAUGAUGGUAAAAAAGUUGUUCCAUGUAGACACGACUGGCAUCAGACGGGAGGUGAAGUUACCAUUUCAAUAUAUGCUAAAAAUUCACUUCCAGAACUUAGUCGAGUAGAAGCAAAUAGUACAUUAUUAAGUGUGCACAUUGUAUUUGAAAGAGAGAAGGAAUUUCAUCAAAAUGUGAAAUUGUGGGGUGUAAUUGAUGUAAAGCGAAGUUAUGUAACUAUGACUGCAACAAAGAUUGAGAUCAUCAUGAGAAAAGCUGAACCUAUGCAGUGGGCAAGCCUUGAACUACCUGUGACCAAAAGUCCUGAAAAGCAGAAAGAUGCUACAGAUUGAGUGGGGAGUUGGGGGAAGUUUAUUAAUGUGGUGAAGUGAUGGCUUGCUGCUGUAAUGUUGUUGUUGUUAUUGUUGAAUCUUGGCAUUUCAGGGUCAACAUUAGGUUUUUAAAAGCCAAAGUCAGUUUAUUAUAUUUUUAUGCCUCCCAUCUUCCUUUUCAGUUGUUUAAGACUGAUUACUCAUUUCUCUUAUGGAUAGUGAUAGAACUGUAGCUAUGUCCUAUACUUGAAGCUAAAGUAUAGAUCAUAAGCAUAUUUGCAUUGUUUUUUAGUAUAAUGUUCUAAUAAUUUGAAAAAGAUUAAUGAACUUUUUUUCGUCUAGUAUCCCAUAAUUAGCAAAACAAAACAAUAUCAAAAUUUUAAUGAGUUUUCACAGAUUUGUGUGCUUAUAAUACUUGAAUAUCCUUUCAGAAGGGAGAAAUCUGAGAUUGUUUUUGCAUGUGAGAGUUACUUUUUUGUAAGAAGACUAAUCCUAAGAUAGUGAAGUAAAGGGAAAUGUAAGUAUUGAUUAAUAAAUUGGAACUUGUUUACAGUUAAUGGAACUGAAAAAUUAGAAUCUAUACUUGUCAAGCAAUAUGAUGUAAGACUAAAUAUAAUUAAGAGUAUAGAGCUAUCAAUUUGGUUUAAAUUCUAUAUUUUAUGGCUAAAUAAUGUGAAAAAUGUUUUUCCUGAUUAUUCAUUGGCUUGGAUAGUGUUAUCACUAAAUUGUACCUGUUUUAUAGCUGUACCCACUUACAACCUUUAGUUAUGUGUAAGAAGGAGUUAUACAUCUGGUCUACCUGAUCCAACACUGUGUCUGUAAAGUUUUAACAUUAGGGCGUCAGAAAACUCAGUAUACGAGCAUUGCUUCCUGAGAACUAUCACAUAUUAAAUAAAUAAAGUAGCUCAAUUCCUUUGGAGUUUUUAUUUUGAGGCUUUCAUGAAGAGCUUGAAAAUAAUAGUGAUACAAUGUUGAUCAUAUGAUCUUUAUUUGCAUUAAAUAUAGACAGCACAGAAUUAGAUCAGUUAUACUAACUGGCUUUACUGAAGGACAGGCUACUUUGUCAGUGUAGAGCUCCAGAAGAAAAUGUAGUGAAAGCUGAAACUGGUAGAAUUUUAAGACAUUUGAGUAUUACUUAGGCUCACAUAUAUUAGGAAUAAAAGGUGUUUAUUUCCCAAGCCCCUUGAGUGUUUUCCUACAAAAAUGCUUCUUUAGCUAAUAAACAUAGUAGUGGUAUUAUUGUGGUACAUUUAGCAAAUAACUAUUAGAUUGCAUAUAAUUGAUGAAAGAUUUACUCUCUGUCACAAGGAAUUCAUAUAGCGUAUAAGCUUUGAUAACAUAAAAUUGACAUGCCAAAAUUUGGGGCUGGUAAAAAUUAGACUAAAUACAUUGUCUACUACUAAAAUAUGUAUUUAAUUUUUAAUUUCAUUCAUAAAAAUUAAAUUGGAGACUAGAUUUAUGUAGACAUCUUAUUGUUUGGGAUGGGGGGGCAUGACGAUUUGAUUUGAGGUUAACGGUUAAUAUACCUUCAUCAGGACUUCCCUCUUGAGACUGUUUUCCCUCAAUAGUAUCUUAUUUGUUAUAUGUGGUUGAAUGGUUGUUUAAAGCAAAUGAAUUAUGUUGCAAGGCAUAAACUUUUUUUGGAUAUAUUUACAUAUCUGGUUCAUUAGUGAUUUUUCAUUUUUAUUCAGUUUUGUUUGGUUUUGCUGCUGCUUCUAAAAAUCUCUAAGUUUGUUGCCGAGAUAAAAAUGAAUCUAGAUUCAUAGAUAAAUGGAUAGAAUGAUAGUUAGAGUAUUGUUUAGCAAUUUGUCUUUAAAAAUGGUUAGUAAAAAAAUGCUUGUUAACUGAGUUUUUUCUCUAGAAACGUGCUUCGUCUUAGCAUUUAAACGAAUUGCUACAGCAGAGCAUUCAAAGCUUGAUAUGUAUUAUUGUAACUAGUCCCAGCAUGAGAAACCUGAAAACCUAUUUUUAUUGACUAGCACAGAGGAAAUUAGGUUUAAGAAAUUUUUUUGUAGUUUCAGAUUUAUGGACAACUUGUAAAAACAAUUAGUGUGUAAUUUUUUAGAUUAAUAUUGCUUAUGUGUUAAAUCAUAAGUGUAAGGAAUUUAUACUGCAUAACUGUUAACUAGAAGAGAUUUAAAAUUUUUAUCAUUGUUCCUUGUAGAAACCUUUAACAUGCCCUAAUUUAAUUUGUUAUUUUAUUUAAAUUAAUUUGUAAACCAUUGGAAUAUAAAUUGGAAUCAAUAGGCGUCUUCAGGAUGAUGACACCGCUUCUUGGUGUAGUUAUAUAUUGGCAAAAACUAUAACCAUAUUAGUUCUUAUAUUUGAUUUCUUUAGUCAGCUGUUUAACCAUGAAGAGAACAUUGAAGAGUUCUUGCAAAUAUUUUAAGGGAGCUUUGAGUUAUUACUUCGUUUCCAUCUGCUUUUUGAAAAAGAUAUUCCUCUAUCUGAAAAUUUAUGUAUAAUGCAUGAAUCUACAAUAAGUAAACAUUUGAAAGUGCA